AUGGCCUGCAAGAUCCCACUGCGGGCCAAGCCCUGGCUGGGGGACAGUUUUGGGGGGGAAGCAGCAGCUGCCUCAGUUUACCGCGACAGCCGGAGGAGGACCUGGGCAGUGGCGAGAGAGGGGUCUGUGCCCCUCUCCAACUGGAACAGUGACAUGAAGCUAAUGGCCUCCGUGUACCUGCAGGGCACUGUUGCGCUCCAUCCCUCUUCUGUGUCAGAGAGCUGUCUGAACUGCUCCAGCUACUCUGACGCAUGGGGACGUCCUGUCCUGAAGGGAAGGGGCAGCUGUCAGGGUCUAAGGGGUCUGAGCUGCCUCUGGGGCCUCAGUGGGCCGCUUUGGAUCUUAAAUGAGUGUGGAGCAGGGAGAGGAAGUUCAGAAGUAGUGGGCAGUGAGCCAGAAGGGAUCCCCAGUCAGUUUCGGGAGCGCUGGUGUGGAGUGGAUGAAGCCAGUGAGGACGCAGUGGAGACAGUGGAGCACCAGAGAACCCAGAGCGAGGAAGCUGGGCAGCUGGACACUUCGCCAGUCAGGCCACCGACAGUCUGCAGCCAGAGCCUCAGAUCUUACACUGGCAGCACAUGGGGACACAGCAGCUGGACUGGCAGCAACAGGGCUUACAGCAGCUGGACUGGCAGCAGGAUGACCCACAGCCUGAGGAGGAGCAGCAGGGCUUGCAGCAGCUGGACUGGGAGCAGCAGGGUUUGCAGCAGCUGGACUGGCAGCAGGAUGACCCACAGCCUGAGGAGGAGCAGCAGGGCUUGCAGCAGCUGGACUGGGAGCAGCCACAAGAACCACAUCCCCCCUUGGAGCCCCCACAGGAGCCACAGCUGGAGCAGGAACAGGCUGGCACACAGCAGCACAUGGGCUUGCAGCAGCAGACGGGCACACAGCAGCCGGAGCCACAGCCCCCACAGCCGGAGCCACAGCCCCCACAGCCGGAGCCACAGCCUCCGGAGCAGCCACAGCAGCCCAUGGUUCUGGUGGAUUGAGGGUGGAGCAGGUAGAGGAGCAGGUGAGAGGGAGGUGCAGGUGUGGAGCUCCCUGAGCCCGGGCCCCUUAUAUCCCUGGGUAGCGUCGCUCUGA